UAUCUAAAUUGCGCUCAUUAACUUUUUUGAUAAACUUAUCGACUUGAUCUGUGGGCUUGCAAGGAGCCUCAGCUCAGCGAGAACGAGGACUCUGGUCGAGAGCCUCGGCUCGACCACACCUCUCUCUCUUGUUUUCUGGACUCUGGACUUUGCUGGACUUACGCUUUUUGGAACAUGGAACCCCGGACAACUUGGGUAUAUUUGCGCGGUCCCUCUUCUCCGCUAGAGAUGAAAAUCUAUCCCAUGAGUCGUAGCUUACUCCGAGCAAUUCCCAAUAUUGAAUGGAAUUCAAUUAAUUCAAUUCUCUUGGACUCAGAACCUCAAAAUCCCUCCGAUCGCCUGCUAGUUGCUGGUUUUGUUGGCACGAAUGAAGGGGGUGACCAUCUAAGCCUCCGAGAUACAACCCUAAUGCCCAAUAUUCACGGAAUGGUUGGACUGAUGUGCCUGCUAUUUACACCAUUUGCAGAACUGCGAGUCAACAAGCAACGUACUAAAAUCACUGGAGCACUUUGCGGGCUAGGUUACAACCCGGUCACAAAUGAGUCUUACAAUCCCGUGAACGAUGUUGAAGUACACUUUGAUGCGGAACUCACGCUCACGGAUAUCGAAAUCAUCAACAAGAUCAGGUUUUGGUUAAAUAAGUAUUUUUGCAAUGCAGGCGGUGAACAUUUUCUUGAGGCCAUAUCAGGUCAGUCGAAAGUGAAAGAGUACUUGAUCACCUUGCUAACGAGGAGGCGCAAGUUCCAAAGCUUGGAAACCCCAACUAAAGUGUUCAAAUGGAACGCUCUUCCGCGCGAACAUGUAAUGGUGCCUGGUGACACUUAUUCUGGCGAAGCGGACGUUUUUAAACUUCACGCUGGAGUCCAUCUCGAGAAAACUGAACCGGAAGAAGCCAUAAAGGAAAUUCGUAAAAGUUUAAUCGAACUUUGGAAAAUAGCAACUGUGACUCAUGAAAGUACAAUUACUAGGGAUUCCUCUGGAGCAUGCAAACUGUGCAACAAUUUAAUGUUGAAAAACCGAAUUGCCGUGAAACUGCAUCUUUCCUUACGAGAUCACAGAUAUAAUGAAUUCAAGAUGUUCGGCAUGAAUCUAGAAAAGUUCCCAGAAGUUGCGUUUGUGGAACCCUCUCUGCCACAAGGCAGGUCUGGGUCUGAGUCCUACGGCUAUGCUGAGGAAAGAUUUGAGAGACGUCUAUGGAAAGGAAAAACUGGUAAAAGAGAAAACAGAGCUCACUUACUCUACUGAGGCUGGAGUCAACUGCUGACUAGUUGACUGUGGCUAGACCCUAUUUGACACAAGUGUACAUUUUUCAUCCAUAAAUUGCCAUCUGCCAAGGCAUAUGAGAAAUGUAAAUUUAUUCCAGCCAGAGUCUCCCCUACAAGGGAGUUUUUUUUCAUCGCUCUGUGUAUUUCUGAAACUACAUUCUUUGAAAUGAUCUCCCUGCAAUUGCACACCAAAGAAUUAGACUAACAAUACGUUAAUACGACCAUUCAAUUUUGUAUCGAUGAGGCGGUUGAUUAGUAAGGAACUUCGUGCUCUUUAAUCGCCCCAUGUUUCAACAAAUAAUCAGAACUUCACUGCCAGGUUUGAACAACUGUCAUUGAAAUUCUCUUCAAGUAUUUAAUUUUGAAGUGUUGGACUCUCACAAAAAUUGUCGGAAGGAAACAUUAUUAAUGGAAAUCUUCAUUUUCCAAUGUUUACCUCCGUACACUCUUACAUAUUACCCUUUUAUGAACUAUAUAUAUAUUUCUACCUUCACUUUUUUCAAGCAUAUAUUUCUCUAGUUUUUGAACCUAAUCUAACGAAUCGUACUUGUGCAUUAAUCUUUUCUUUUUAUUUCUUAUUUUCUUUUUUCUUUUUUCUAAACAGUUAGGAUGUUAAUGGUGGAAACUACCUUAAAGAAGAUAUUUUUAAUAGAACGAUUUCUGAUCUAAAGCGAGACCAGUUUUUGUGCAAAUAUUUGUAUUACCUAUACAUUCCAAAUACUCGGAAGAUCU